AUGCACUACAUUAACUAGCAGUUUUUUACUGUAUAUCGCAUUCCUAUGACGCUAGCAACUGGAAGGACCGAAUCGGGGGGUAAAAGCGGGCAUCAGGCUUGCACUAUGACUAGUUUGGAACUGCGUAAUAUAUAAUUUCAUAACCAGCAUUAGCUCUAAUGGAAAUUGAACUUUGAAAGGUUCAAGCUAUAUCAAACGGGUAGCUUUUUUAAUAAAUAAGUUAGGAACAUAAGAAUAUCAAGGAACAGAUUCUGCAUGGUGUAGGGGUAAGAUCGAGGAGAUAGGAUUGAAAGUUGA